AUGGCGGCUCCAAGCGCAGCAGCUACUGUGGGAAUACCAUCAUCCCGGCUUCCGGUUGUAGAGCCACCACGUAUACUUCCCAACAUCGCGGGUCAUCAGACGGGCAUUGGAAAGAAUGUCCCAUUGACUCAUCCGGUUCCCCAUUCAGGGCCAAGCUUGUCGAAUAGCCCCCCUAACCCGUCAGAUAUUCCCAAUCCAGAUCCAGAAGUGAUUGAUGACAGUACCAGGGAUAUCUCUGGUCCAGUUGAAGAGAAUGACAGGGCAGAAAACGGCCAAAUCACGUAUGAUGAAGACAAUAAUAGCAUCCAAGACGAUCACAAUGACACUGAGGACAAUGAUACUGAAGAGGAAAAUGAUAACAACGAAAACGAAGAAAAUGGUGAUGAGGAAGAGGAUGGAGAUGAGGGCGAUGAUAAAAGCGUCCAAGAGGGAUCAGAGAAGGGCAGCGUCAACAACGGAGAAGAUGAAGAACAACAGCAUCAAGAGGAUAAUGACGAGGAUGACGAAAAUUUAAGGGGCGAUACCGACGAUGGAGACAAUGACCAGGAAAAUGCCAACACCACUACAAACAAUGAGGAUAUUGAAGACGCUACAAACCCUGAAGGAGAGAAUGAGGAGGAAUCAGAAGCCCCAGAAAUGUCUAAUGGUGAAGAGACUGAACAAAAUGACAACGAGGAGGAGGGUGAGGUUGGAACAGAGGAUGGCCACAUGAACACUACUGAAAAUGUAGAUGAUGACGAGGAACAAGACCAAGGUGAUAGUGAGGAGGCGCAACCAACUUAUGAAAAUGUCCCCGAGAAUCCUGAAGAGGAGGUUGUACAGGAGGAGCAGAAUACCGAAGAGAAUCUCGAGGACGGGGAGCAAAAUGAACAGAACUACAACGAGAACGAUGGGGAUGGGGAGCAAGAAGCGCAAACUUAUGAAGAGGAUGUCAACCAGGUGGAAGAACAAGAGCAGAGUUAUGAAGAGCAUGUUCAAGAAAGGGAACAACAAGAGCAGAACUAUGAAGAAAAUAUUCAAGAAGGGGAACAACAAGAGCAGAGCUAUGAAGAGAACGUUCAAGAGGAACAAUACGUUCAAGAAGACGAGCCCCAGCAGUAUUAUGGAGGCGAGGGAUAUGAUCAGGGUGCGCAAGAGGUGGAAUAUGAAGAGAAUAAUGGUGAUCAGGGAGAAUGGCAGCAAGAGGAUGCUCAGGAAGAGAAUUAUGAGUAG